CCUCUCCACUCCGACACCUGAACGCUCUUCUCUCUUCUUCUGAGCCAAUAUCUCAAUUUUCACCAGACACAAAAAUCACCGUUUCCUCUCUCAAUGGCCGAAACCCCAUCCGACCAGUCCCCGACCCGAACUCAACCUCAAUCCCAAUCCCAACCCGGGUCCGACCACGACACCUCUGUGUACUGGUGCUACCACUGCGACAAGCGCGUCGCAGUCGAAACCCUCGCAGAUCUCCCCGACAUCGUCUGCUAUGAGUGCAAGAACGGUUUUGUUGAAUCCAUCGCCGCCGCCGUCCCCACUCCUCCUGCAGCCUCUGACCCCAUCGACGACCCCACUUUUGGUAAUCAAUUCAUCCAGGUACUCCGCCUCAUCGCUCAGGCCGCGCUUGAGGAGGACGCGCCGCCCCCGCCCCCUUCCGAUCCGUCCGACGAAGAUUACCUCCGCAUCGAGCUCGAUGGUUGGGACCACGACAACGAUGACGAAGAUGAAGAUGAAGACGAUGACGAGCAUUCAGUCGAAGUCGUCCACGAGGAGGAGGCUGAUGAUAAUCGGGAGCGGCGCACUGAAGAUAAUAGAUCCGAUGGUGAGGAUGAGGAUGAAAUCGAAGUGAUUGAGACGCGUGACGAAGAUGAAGAGGAGGAUAUGCAAAGAAGGGGGCGCGACGUGCUUAGGCUUCGUCUGAGGGAUUUCGCCUCGCAGGCUACGAGACGCAAUAGAGUACUCGAUUGGGCAGAAAUUUUAAUGGGGCUGGAGGACCACUCGAUCGAACUGAGAUUACAGGUUCCCGAUUCCGAUACUUAUGUUGGGAAUCCAGGGGAUUAUGUUGAUGCAGCUGGAUAUGAAGCGUUGCUGCAAAAUUUAGCUGAAAGUGACAGCGGAGGGAGGCGUGGGGCUCCCCCAGCUGCAAAAGCUGCCGUGGAGGCUUUGGAGAGUGUGGUGAUUGGCAAGGAGGAGAACACUAUAGUGUGUGCUAUAUGUAAAGAUUUGGUGAAUGUGGGUGAAUUUGCAAAGAAUUUGCCAUGUGGGCAUGGGUAUCAUGGUGAGUGUAUUGUCCCCUGGUUGGGGUCGCGGAAUUCGUGUCCAGUUUGUAGGUUUGAGUUGCCUACGGAUGAUCCAGAGUACGAAGAGGAGAGGAAGAAGAAAGAGGUGGUGGCAGUUUUGAGGGCGACUUCAUCUAGUUCUACUUCUGCCGGUGGUGGUGGUGGUAAUAGUCAGAACUCCGUCCUGGAGUGAAUUGUAAUGGUAUGCAACAAACAAUAUGCACUUUGUUUACAUUUAUGUGGUUUAGAUUGUAGCUUUAUUGUUCUUUUGGGUCUUAGUUUUCAAUUGGGAACAUUGUUUGUGUACUAGCUUGUUGUGGAAUAGGUGGACGAAGUAUUAUGUGAUUUCUCGUUUGUAAAUAACAAACUUUCAAGUUGAAAAAAUCAUAAUAAGUUCCAAUUGAUAAA